CAAAUCAUAUCGCAAUCAAAUCAUACAUUGAUCGUUUGUGUGUUCAUUUGAUCGUUUAGUUUGCCAUCCUCAUAGCCAUCAUCAAAAAGUUUUACAAUGUUGACCAGAAAAACUGCCAUCACACCAUUAAGGUGCCUUAUGUCACCUGGAUCAUUAUUGCUCACAUUGAUCGUAUUGGAAUCAUUUCUUUUGCUUAGCUUUCAAGUGAACGAAGCUCAAGCAUUUAAAAAAUUGAAAGCCAAAAAAAUCCUGAAGAAAAUUUCGCCACUAUUAACAUUGUUGACAUAUUUGAAGACGAAAAAGAAGAUCAUUCCACUCCCUGUACCAUUGCCAGUUCCUUUGCCUGUAAUCAAAAAGGAACCCGAAUAUAUGCCAUGUCCUGAUUACGGAGGUGGUUACGGUGGAGGUGGAUACGGAGGAGGCAAUUACGGAAAUAGUGGUUAUGGUGGUGGGGGUGGUGGAGGCGGUGGCGGAAAUUGCAAUACAGGUGGUGGUUAUGGAGAUAUGGGUGGCUAUGGCGGAGGUGGUGGUGGAUAUGGAGGUAAUAGCGGUGGUUAUGGUGGUAAUAACAAUGGCGGAUAUAACAAUGGUGGUGGGGGUGGCGGUUAUUGAGGAUAAAAUUUUGAAAAAUGAUUUAUAACAAAAUGUGAAUAACGAUGGCUGGAUCCAUCUACAAUUCAAUUCUGUUAUAUAAUAUGCUUCAUUCCAUUACAUCA